AUGGUGGCCUCGGACAAGACCAUCAAAGCGUCGGAGAUCCAAAAGCACAACAAUGUCGGCGAUAUCUGGAUAGUGGUCAACGGAAGGGUGUACGAUAUGACCAGGUUUGCACCAGAACACCCGGGCGGAGUCGAGAUUAUCUACACAUACGCCGGACGAGAUGCCUCUGAGGCCUACAACGAGAUACACGAACCUAAUCUCAUACAAACCAACCUUCGCUCGGAGGAAGUGCUAGGAGAUCUCGACCCGACCACCAGUUUUCCAGAGACAUCAUCAACAGGCUCAGGAUCAGCAGCGCCUCCCAAAGCGGGAGAGAAGCCACGUCUAGAAACGCUCCUGAACCUGAAUGAUUUCGAGGAGGUCGCGCAGCACUCGAUAUCGAAGAAGAGCUGGGCAUUCAUCUCCGGGGCCUCCAACGACAACAUCACCCGCGACGCAAACAAGAAUUUCUAUCAACGGAUCUGGUUUCGACCGCGGGUCCUCAAGAACGUUGCCCACGUCUCAACCAGGGGAACGAUGCUAGGAUGCGAUGUCUCCCUACCACUGUGGAUUUCUCCAACGGGUAUAGGCAAAGCAGGUGGCCCAGAAGGUGAAAUCGCCUUGAGCAAAGGAGCGGCAGAAACCGGGAUCAUCCAAACCAUAUCGACCAACGCUUCAUUUCCGCUAGAGGAAAUCCUCUCGGCGGCAGCGCCCGACCAACCGUUCUUUUUCCAGCUCUACGUCAACAAGGACCGGACCAAGACCGAAGAGCUCUUGCGCAAGGUCAACGGCCAACCACAGAUCAAAGCCCUCUUCGUCACCGUCGACCUGCCGGUCGUGUCGAAACGAGAAGCCGACGAGCGCAUCAAGCACGAAACGUUCCUGUCCAGCAGACUCGGCGGCUCGUACUCGUCCAGCGACGACAAGGGCUCCGGGCUCGCGAGGAGCGUCGGGUCCUUCAUCGACCCGAGCUUCGAAUGGGACGACCUCGCGUGGCUGCGGACGCGGACAGCCCUGCCCAUCGUCCUCAAGGGCAUCCAGUCUGCCGCGGACGCCAGGCUGGCCAUGAACAUGGGCUGUCAGGGCGUCGUGGUGUCGAACCACGGAGGCCGAGCGCUGGACGGCGCACCGGCCUCGAUCCUCGUCCUGCUCGAGCUGCACAAGGAGUGUCCCGAGGUGUUUGACCACAUGGAAAUCUUCAUCGACGGGGGUAUCCGGCGCGGAUCCGAUAUCCUAAAAGCCAUCUGUCUGGGUGCCAGUGGCGUAGGCAUAGGUCGGUCGUUUCUGUACGCUUUGAAUUAUGGGAAGCCAGGUGUUGUGCAUCUCGUGAAUAUCUUGAAGGACGAAGUCGCCACAGCAAUGCGUUUAUGUGGACUUAGGUCCCUGGACGAAGCGGAUCCGCGAUUCGUCAACACCGCCGACCUUGACCCUCUGGUUGCCAGGGGAUAUGGACACCCUUAUGCCCGGAAGCACUCGAUGAAAAGACGGCCACAUCGACUGUGA